UUUGUCUCUGACCCCGGAGAGGCCGGCCAGACAGGGCGGGCAGGUCCCCGCCGCACCGCUUCCUCGCGAAGAAACCGGCUUCUGCUCGGCGCGGCCAGCAGGCUGAGAGCAAAGUGCGACUUUCCACAACGCAUCAUAUAUGCUGAAGCUCUCGGACAUUAGAAGGUUUAAUUCCAUUCUUGCACCCUGAGACAAGAAGCAGUGCAAUUGGUGUGCCAGCUUUCCAGACAGCCUCGUGAUGGCAGACCUUGAACACAAGCAGACGGCAGAGAGCUCUAGAAUUGCCACUGAAAUCACAACGGAUAAGUUGAUGCCAUCACGGCUUCAGCCAAACGGAAGGUGCAACCGAUACUUUCCAUACAUGGAUGGGAAGAAAUGCAGUGUAUGGAUGUUCUUACCUCUUGUCUUGACAUUGUUUACCUCAGCAGGACUGUGGAUUGUAUAUUUUAUAGCAGUAGAGGACGAGAAAAUUCUUCCACUAAAUGUGCCAUACAGCAAACCAACUUCUUUAAAGCCGCCAUAUAUAAGUAUUGCAGGUGAUGUCCCUCCUGCUAGCUGUGUAUUUAGCCAAGUCAUGAACAUGGCAGCAUUCCUAGCACUGGUCAUAGCUGUCCUACGCUUCAUUCAGCUAAAGCCAAAGGUUUUGAAUCCAUGGCUCAAUGUCAGUGGCUUGGUGGCCUUAUGCUUGGCUUCUUUUGGAAUGACCCUUCUGGGUAACUUCCAGCUUUCCAAUGAUGAAGAAAUACACAAUGUUGGCACCUUUUUGGCCUUUGGGUUCGGCACUCUGGCCUGUUGGAUUCAGUCCGCACUAACCCUCAAAAUAAACUUGAAGAACGAAGGUAGAAAAGCUGGAAUCCCACGAGUGGUUUUGUCAGCGGCAAUAACUCUCUGCCUAGUCCUGUAUUUCAUUUUGAUGAGUGAGUUUAAGUUCCACAUGCACGCGUCACGAGUCCAGUGGGGAAUGGUGAUGUGCUUCCUAGGUUUCUUCGGCUCCUUCGCGGUGGAAUUCAGACACUACCGGUUUGAGAUCAUUUGCUCCGAGUACCAAGAGAAUUUCCUCAGCUUUUCCGAAAGCCUCUCUGAAGCCUCUGAGUAUCAAACCGAUCAGGUGUAACCCAACUCCCAUUGACCAGGCGGAUGAUGUUUGAUGUCAAACGAUUGAACUCACGGCCUCUUUCAUUUACCGUGUUUUAAGCUUUUUUGCUAAUUUCUCCCUGCAAUUGCCCA